AUGCUAGAGCUAGUGCAGCCGCCGCCGGAGCCCGCCGACCCGGAGGAGGAGCCCGAGGCACCGGUGGAGCCGCUAUUCGUGACCGAGUUGGAGUUCCGUGGCGCCACGCCCCGGCUCGUGCCCGACAUCAAGGAGUUCGCCGCCACCGUCGACAAGCUGCUGCUGGACAGCCGGGAGAUGGUGGAGAGCAUGGAGAACCUCUUCACCGACGACACGUUCCUGUUCAUCACCAGGCCGACGAUCAACGGUAAGACCCUGGGCGACGAGGAGCAGGAGGGCCCGGACCUGGAGGACGUUCUGGACUCGGACCAGCCGCUGGCCGAGGCCAGCGAGCGCAUCGCCGAGAUGGUGCGCGUCGGAUUCAACGCUGCGCAAACGUACAUACAGACUUUCGAGGAAGUGAAGACUUGGUUCUACGAGAACAUGAGGACCGACAUGUCUACGUUUACUGACAUCGGAUGCGACUUGGAGAAGUUCGGCUCGGCGCUGGCUAAGUUCACCACCCAGAUCAACGAGGUGAAGAACAUCCCGAAGGAGCGCAAGCUGGGCGUGUUCUGCGUGAACGCUGAGACCGUCCGCGAGAUGGUGCGACCGUCGCCCGAGACUUGUCUCGACGAAAUAUUCAAGAUCAUGCCGGCGGUGACAAAGGCUCGGGUCGAAGCUCUCAUAACCGAGUCUCAAGAUGCACACUACAAAUUAGAAAUAACGCCAACAACAACCGAAGAAUAUGUGACGUUCCUGACCUUCUUGGAUGACAUCUCUAUUAGGAUUGAGAGCCUGGAGCAGGAGGCCGACGUGGUCUGCCAGAUGGUGGAGCUCAUGGAGGACUACCAGACGCCGGUGCCGCCCGAGUACAUCGCCGAGUUCAAUACACUGAGUCCGACCGUAGCCGUGCUGCACGACCUCACCGACAACUGCGUCACUGAUCGCGACAACCUGGUGGAGAAGCUCUCCGCGUCACUCGCCAAGGACAUCAGGAAGCUCACCAAGGAUGUGGAGGUGGUCAAUCAGCAAAUUGACGAUCCAACCAUUCUUGAGAUGGAAUCUGAUCACGCCAUCGUCAGACAGAAGCUAGAGAACUGCACAGCCAUGUUGCAAAAGGAAGAGCAGAUGGCUACAACGUACAAGGAACACCAAAAGAAAUUCAGGCUCGAGGUAACAAAGAUGGAGCAGCUGGAAAAGGCCCAAGACGAGUUACGACUGAGGACUCUUCUCUGGGACUCAUUGGACGAGUGGGAUAAGUUCCUGGCCGAGACGUUGGUGGCACCAUUCAACGAGCUGGACGUAGAGGAGCUAACCCAGCUGGUGGCCAAAUUCAACAAGACGGUCGUGCAGCUAGAGAAAGGGCUUCCACCUAAUAACGUGACCGCCGUUCUGAAGGAGAAGGUUGACGACUUCAGAAUAAAGCUGGGCACGAUCGCCGACCUGCGCAACACGACCCUGAAGCGGCGUCACUGGGAGGCGAUCGAGCGUCAGCUGGGCCACCAGGUGGUCGAUCUGGACGACCAGACGCCACUCACACUACAGCUGCUCAUCGACUACCAGGCCUUCAGCUGUGCCGAGGAGCUGAAGGAGAUCUCGGGCCAGGCCAGCUCCGAGGCCAGUCUGGAGGCGCUGCUCAACAAGGUGGAGAACGUGUGGAAGUCCACAGAGUUCAGCGUUGUACCGCUGGCUGGUCAGAAGGAUGUAUACAUUCUGGGCGGUACAGAUGACAUACAGCAACUGCUGGACGAGUCAAAUAUCAACAUUCAGACGAUCUCGUCGUCCCGACACGUCGGCCCGAUCCGCUCCCGGGUGGAGGACUGGGAGAAGCGGCUCGAUC